AUGGUAGAGAAGCUCUAUGAAAGUAAUGAAGACGGUCAGUGUGGACAGACCUUCACCCGGAUUCCAGAUCUUUCUGUGCUCAAAAGAACUCCCGUGGAAGUAUACCCUUCUGUGUGCCUUGAGUGUGGAAAAUCCAUGAGGAAUUGUUCAUCACUUAAGCAUCGUCUCAGAUCUCACUCUGGACAGAAACCCUAUGAAUGUAAGGAGUGUGGGAAAGCUUUUAAUUGGCCAUCACAACUCACCUUACAUGUAAGAAGUCACGGUGGAGAGAAGCCUUAUGAAUGUAAGGAAUGUGGGAAAUCCUUUGCUUGGUCUUCAUGCCUCAAUAGACAUAUGAGAACUCACAGUGGAGUGAGGUCUUAUGAAUGUGAGGCAUGUGGCAUAGCCUUUCGUCUUUCCUCACACCUCACUAGACAUAUGAGAACUCACAGUGGAGAGAGGCCUUAUGAGUGUAAGGAAUGUGGCAAAGCCUUCCGUCUUCCCUCACGCCUCACUAGACAUAUGAGAACUCACAGUGGGGAGAGCCCUUAUGAAUGUAAGGAAUGUGGCAAAGCCUUUCGUUCUUCCUCACGCCUCGCUAGACAUAUGAGAACUCACAGUGGAGAGAGGCCUUAUGAAUGUGAGGCAUGUGGCAUAGCCUUUCGUCUUCCCUCACGCCUCACUAGACAUAUGAGAACUCACAGUGGGGAGAGGCCUUAUGAGUGUAAGGAAUGUGGCAAAGCCUUUCGUCUUUCCUCAAACCUCACUAAACAUAAGAGAAUUCACAGUGGGGAGACGCCUUAUAAAUGUGAGGCAUGUGGCAUAGCCUUUCGUCUUUCCUCACACCUCACUAGACAUAUGAGAACUCACAGUGGGGAGACGCCUUAUGAAUGUAAGGAAUGUGGCAAAGCCUUUCAUCUUUCCUCACACCUCACUGGACAUAUGAGAACUCACAGUGGAGAGAGGUCUUAUGAAUGUGAGGCAUGUGGCAUAGCCUUUUUGUUUUUCCUCACACUUCACUAG